AGAUAAGGCCAGUCUUCUUCAGUUUGUAGUUUAUCCGAGAAAGCGCAAAAGCGAAGCAAGAGCUUUUGAAGGGGGGAAUGGCAGCAAUGCUGGCGCUUCAGAGCUCAAUGGCGGGCCUUUCUCUCUCCUCGUCUUCGUUAUUGGGCCAGCCCUUUCUCCGUCCUCUGGCCUCACCAUUGGUCACAAUUGUGGAUAAGCCAUGUCCUAUAGUCAUGAAGCUUAAACGAUGGGAGAGAAAGGAAUGUAAACCAAACAGUCUGCCUGUGCUGCACAAGAUGCACGUCAAGCUCGGAGACACAGUGAAAGUUAUCUCAGGCCGUGAUAAAGGUAAAAUUGGUGAAAUUACUCGGCUUUUCAAACAUAAUAGUAGUGUAAUCGUGAAAGACAUAAACUUGAAGACAAAGCAUAUGAAGAGUAGAGAGGACGAUGUACCAGGACAGAUUGUCAAGAUUGAAGCUGCCAUUCACAGUUCAAACGUGAUGCUGUAUUCAAAAGAACAAGACGUAGCAAGUCGAGUAGGCCAUAAAAUCCUAGAUAACGGAAGCAGGGUGCGGUACCUCAUCAAGACUGGUGAAAUAAUUGAUAGUGCAGAGAACUGGAAGAAGGUCCACAAAGAAAAAGAGGAAGAGAAAGAAGGAAAAACAACCUGAACUCAACUGGACUCAUCGCUUUAAUGUAUGUAACAUCUAAUCCCUUCUGGACGAUAUCUGUGUUGUCGUUCUUUGUUUCAAUUUUGGCUUCACGUCGUAAGAUUUGUUUUCUACUGUAGCUUUUGCCCAGAGCAUGCAUUUUCUACUGCUUCAGCUCAUGUUUGAAAUCUUACUAAUGUCGAUGCUCGCUAAAGUCUUAUAUUUUUUAAAUUAUAUCAUACCGAUUUUUAUCCUUUUGAA